GGUUAAACUUUAUUGAUGAAACUAACUUAAAAAUACUAGCAUCUUUGUGUGCACAUGAUGUAAUAUGGCAAAAAUAGUACCCUGGUUAUGGUAACUCAUUUUCGAGUGACUUGUGGGUUGGAACGUUUUCGCGUAACUACGUCCAAAUGUAAAAUGAAUUUCUCUAUUUACAUGCCACCGCAGGCUGAGGGUGAUGUAAAAUUACCAGUUAUUUUUUUUCUUUCUGGUCUGACAUGUUCUGAACAGAAUUUCAUUACAAAAUCAGGAUUUCAAAGGUAUGCAGCAGAGCAUGGUAUAAUAGUUGUGGGUCCAGACACAUCUCCUAGAGGCAUAAAAAUCCAAGGUGAUGAUGAUUCUUGGGAUUUUGGAGUUGGUGCUGGCUUCUACUUGGAUGCUACAAAGGAACCUUGGUCUACUUAUUAUAGAAUGGGCAGUUAUGUAAACAAGGAGUUGUAUGAAUUAAUUCUGUCUGCAUUUCCUGUUGUGGAUCCUGAUAGAAUUGGAAUUAUGGGUCAUAGUAUGGGAGGACAUGGUGCCCUUGUUUCUACUCUGAGAAAUCCUGGCUUAUAUAAGACAGUUAGCGCCUUUGCCCCUAUAUGUAAUCCCAGUAAAUGCCCUUGGGGUGAAAAAGCAUUUACAGGUUAUCUUGGAGAUAACAAGAGUGAAUGGGCAUCAUGGGAUGCUACAGAACUAGUCAAGAAGUAUAAUGGACCGCCUCUAACUUUACUGUUAGAUCAGGGGGCUGGUGACACAUUCUACACUGCAAAGCAGCUAUUGCCUGAAAACCUAGUGGAAGCCUGUCGCUCUGUUGGUGUACCAGUCAUUCUUAAUUUGCGCGAAGAUUACGACCAUUCAUACUACUAUAUUUCCACAUUCAUUGGAGAACAUUUCGAUUUCCAUGCCAAGAUACUCAAGAGCUAAAACUGGUUUUCAGAGAAAACUCGACACGGGCCAUUUAAAACACAGUGUAUUUAUAGAAUCAAAAGGAGUAUAUGGUUGAUGGAGGACGUGUAAUGAUACCAGGACAUUUUGCACUUGGAAACACCAGACUGGGUGUUGGACCGUCAAAUGUCAACAUAUGAAUAUCACCUCAGCUGAAAUAAGAACUUAUAGAAUUGACAAUGGGCGAGGAA